UUCCAAGGUGAACUGGACAAUAGUGGGCUGCCAGAGGGAUGGCUGCUAUGUGACUGUAGAUGCAAAAAUUAUAAAGAGGGAUGGGUGAUGCUGCUGCAGGGCAGGGCAAAUCCACCAAAAGAGUGAAGCGGGUGAAUCAGUGUCCCAAUCCAUUAUUUGAGAAAUGGCUCUUCGAGUGGAAGGCAGAGGCCGAAGCAAAGAAUUCCAAUCUUCAGUACACAUUUGCGAAGGCAUUGCAGUCUCUUCGCAAAUAUCCCCUUGUACUGAAGUCUGGGCGGGAAUGCAAAAUCCUGGAUAAUUUUGGAGAUAAACUGUGCUCCAUGAUUGAUAACAAGCUGGCUAAACAUAUUCAGCAGCAUGGUUCAAUAGAAAGUGGCAUCUUGUCAAAAAAUCAAGAACAGUCAGAUGUGGUACCAGUGGAUGAACCCAGGAGGAAAACUCCUUCCCAAGAACAGCCUGAUGAUUUGCCCAAGUCCAAGAUGCAUAUGACGCGGAGACCACGAGAUUAUGUCCCUGCCAAGAGGUCUGGUGCAUAUGCCAUAUUGAUUGCCAUGUACAAGACCAGUGCCCAAGAUGGAUAUCCUGGUUACGUGAAAAAACAAGACUUGGUGAAUGCAGCGCAACCAUAUGCAGACAGAUCCUUUACACAGCCUGAUGCAGGCUCCUUCUAUACAGCUUGGAACUCAAUGUCAACAUUGACCAAGAAGGGUCUUGUCACAAAAGAAGGUUCUCCUGCUAGGUUUUGUCUCAGUGAGAGUGGAGCUGAGUUGGCAGCAAAGCUCAUCCAUGCUGAGGAACACAGUGAUGUGAUACCCGGGGGAAAAUGCCUUCUACCCACCAAGGAUGGGGCCUUAUCCUCCAACAGAGUGGAAACUCCAAAUGGAGGCACAAAGAAUAUCCUUGAAAUUUCAUGCCCAUCUUCUUCUACUGCUGCUUCUCCCUUAUCCAGUCCCAUGAAGGGAGGAAGGACUGUAGAGAUGCCAGUUGCUGGCACUGCUCAUUUACAAAUCCUGUCAUCUCAGCCAUCCACCCCAAAUAAUACCCCUAGUCUUGCAGUUGCAGAUACAUUCACCACAAGUCAGAUUCCUGAGGAACUGAAGUAUAUCUAUGUGAAUGAACAAGGUGGAGAAGAAACCCUGAAGGAUAGAGCAAAAGUGCUUGUGGAUGAUGAUGAUGAGGGCAUAGAUGAUUUGCCUGACAUUGAGCUGCUGGAAGCCGAUGAAGAAGCAACCAAUAUGACCUCUGAUGCACCUUUUCCUGACACUGGUGGUCAGCAAUCUGCUUCAGAAGAGAAGGAGAAUGAAAUGCCAUUGUCACUGAGCCAAGCCAGCAGUGGAAGUGAUGGACUAGCUCCAUCCCUUUGGAGUAGCAGAUGGAAGAAGGAUGAUUGCCUUUCUUCAUCUCAGAAUAGUUCCUGUAGUUCUUCUGCAGCCAGCAACAUUCCAGCCUUUUCCCUCCCUCCUGGUUCCUUUGAUGUCAUUCUCUGUGUAGACACUGGAGAGGCUCAGACUAAGAAAUUCAAGGAGCUCCAGGGACAACUCUUAUCUGGGCUUAGAAAGAACCGUGUACCUUUUGAAGUGCGGAAGCUUCACCUGGGAGACUUUGCUUGGAUUUGCCAAGAAAGGCAGGUCCCAAUAAGUCUAACACAGCUAAAGCCUCCCCCUGGUCGAGAACUUGUGCUUCCAUAUGUGGUAGAGCGGAAACGUAUGGAUGAUCUUGCAUCAAGCAUCAAGGAUGGACGAUUCCAUGAGCAAAAGCAUCGACUUAGGGAAUGUGGCCUGCAGCCAAUUUAUCUGGUUGAAAGCUUUGGCCGUCGAGGUGCUGAGGGAUACUGUGGUGGUCUUCCAGAGGCUACCCUAGAGCAAGCAAUUUUCAACACACAAUUUAUUGAUGGGUUCAUGGUGAAGAGGACAUGUGAUGCAGAUCAUACACUCAUGUACCUCACUCUCAUGACACGAUUUCUCACAAAACAGUAUCAGAACAUGUUUAUUGAAAGCUGUUCAGUGGAAGACCUUCAGCCAAUGAGUGGCACCAUAAUCACCAAACUUCUACCCUUCCAGUCUUUCAAUGCCAUCAACAGGAAACAGAAAAAGUUGAACCUGAGGGACAUGUUUGCAAAGCAGCUGAUGCAACUGCAUGGGAUGUCAGCUCACAAGGCCAAAGCAAUUGUGGACACCUACCCAACUCCAAAAGCCCUCAUUCUGGCCUACAGAGAAUGUUCUUCUUCUGUUGAACAAGAGAAGCUUCUGGCAAAUCUCAAGUGGGGCCCAAAUAACCGAAGGAUAGGCCCAGUCUUGUCCAGGGCUUUAUCAUUCUGUGAUUCCAUUGGGGGGUGCCUUCAUCAUGCAUGUGUACUUGAUGCAGACAUAGCAUUGCAGCAAGGAGUGAGGCAUGCCCUUUCUCUGGCCAUGGGGAUGCGGAGGUGUCGCUGGAGGCAUUUGAUCCUCCUCCUAGUUGUAUUGGUGGUUCUACUGCAACUUGUGCAUCUCAUUCUCAUCAGUCGUCUUGUGUCCACAGAUUCUUCAUCUCAAUGGAUCACUACACUAGCUCUCCCAAUACUUCUUUCUCAGGGACAAGAGGAAGAAAGGUUGCUGGCUGCUUUACGUCGUCGUACCAUCCUCGAUGGGAGUGGUGAAUAUGUGAUAGCACAGAAUCUUGUUAUGCCAUCCUCAAAACUUGAGCUUCAUGACCUAAGUCUGGUCACCCAGUGUUCUAUGGUAUACCUGCAUUACCUCAUUGACUUAGCUAAUGCCUGGAAGGGUCCCUUGUCUGUAGCAGUUUUUGCUCAAGGGCAUGAGUUUCCCAGGGUCAUACAAAUGAUUGCUAGUCUUCAGCGGUGCUCGCCUGCAAUUGCAGCCAAUGCCUCAUUCCAUCUAGUCGCACCUGUAUCUGUAGACUUCCAGCAGAUUCCUGCCUUAUCUGGGCAGUCGAUCCCUUGUGCUGAUCUCCGUUUGCUUAAUGGAAACAUAACCAGUUACAACCAUCCAGUGCCAUAUCCAAACAAUCUCUUGAGAAAUGUGGCCCGCUCAUCUGUCAGGGCUCAGUACUUCUUGGUUUUGGACAUUGACCUCAUGCCCAGUGCUGGAUUGCAGGAACAAUUUCUUGCCUUUGCCAAUAAGAGGGGGCUGUUUGGAGGGAAAGAGAAGACUGUUUAUGUUGUUCCUGCAUUUGAGGCUGAUGAUCAUGUCCCUCUUCCUGUGACUAAUAAGGGAGAGCUUCUAACUUGGUGGAAGCAUGGCUUGGUGCGGCCCUUUUAUUCAAAGGUGUGCUGGAAGUGCCAGGAGCACACAGACUACAAGAAUUGGAUGCUUGCUGAUCAUGGUGAAGAAUUGGAGCCAGCCUAUGAAGUAUUCUGGAAAGAUCCUUGGGAACCUUUUUAUAUUGGACACAUAUCUGUGCCUGAUUAUGAUGAGAGGUUUCGUCAAUAUGGUUUCAAUAGAAUCAGCCAGGUGUGUGAGCUGCAUGUUGCAGGGUACAGUUUCACUGUCCUCAGCAAUGCAUUCCUUAUUCAUCGAGGUUUCAAGCACAGGACAUCAUUUCAUUCCUCCAAAGACGAAGAGCAAGAGCAUAAUCGAGAAUUAUAUCGGGCAUUCAAAAGCUCCCUCAAACUCAAGUACCCAGACUCUUCUCGGCGAUGUUACUGAUGCAUGCUCUUGCAUCAUCUAUCAUUCAAAAUACUUGGAUGAUGUGUAUACUUGCUUUAGUUUUGAAAUCUUGAAUGAUGCUAUGGGAAAAUCUGAAGGAGAACUGGUG